GGCACCAUGAAUAACUCAGGGAUAUCUACUGUGACACAGUUUGUCCUGCUGGGCUUUCCUGGUCCCUGGAAAAUGCAGAUCAUCCUUUUCUCAAUGAUUCUGCUAGUCUACAUCUUGACUCUGACUGGGAAUGUGGCCAUCAUUUGUGCAGUGAGGUGGGACCACCGACUCCAUACCCCUAUGUACAUGCUCUUGGCCAACUUCUCCUUCCUAGAGAUCUGGUAUGUGACCUGUACAGUCCCCAACAUGCUGGUCAAUUUUCUCUCCAAAACUAAAACCAUAUCCUUCUCUGGCUGCUUCACUCAGUUUUACUUCUUCUUUUCCCUGGGCACAACUGAAUGCUUCUUCCUCUGUGUCAUGGCAUAUGAUCGGUACCUGGCCAUCUGCCACCCACUGCACUAUCCCUCCAUCAUGACUGCCCAGCUAUGUGGCAUUUUGGUGUCUCUUUGUUGGCUCAUUGGUUUCCUUGGAUAUGUGAUUCCCAUUUUCUUUAUUUCUCAACUACCCUUCUGUGGUCCCAACAUCAUUGAUCACUUUCUGUGUGAUGUGGACCCACUGAUGGCAUUGUCCUGUGCCCCUACACCCAUCAUAGAGCAUAUUUUCCAUUCUAUGAGCUCUCUUGUCAUCAUUCUCACAUUUUUGUACAUCCUUGGGUCCUAUAUCCUGGUACUCAGAGCUGUGCUUCAGGUUCCUUCCUCAGCCGGACAGAGAAAGGCCUUCUCUACCUGUGGCUCACACUUGGUAGUGGUGUCUCUAUUCUACGGAACCAUAAUGGUGAUGUAUGUGAGUCCCCCAUCUGGCAACUCAGUUGUUAUGCAUAAGAUCAUCACACUGCUAUAUUCUAUGGUAACACCAGUCUUAAACCCCCUCAUAUAUAGCCUACGCAACAAGGACAUGAAAUAUGCCCUCUAUCAUGUCUUUUGUAGAAUAAGAAUUAUCCAGAGCUCAUGA